GUAAAAGAGUUUAUUCUAUAAUCACAUUAUAUUUGUAAAAUGACUGGCUAUUAUUGGUAAUAAAAACAUAAAUUAUUAUUAUUAUUUAUUGUAUUUCUGUUGUUUUAUUUUACACGCACGCGCACGCGCUCUUCGUGUUUCCCGCCGAAUAAUGGAGGAUCACAGGACCGAGAUGUCUGAAGACCGCGUCCCGGAUCCGCUCAUCACGAGCUCACAGACCGGUCUGUUGUUCAGACAGAAGGAGUUUCCUCUGAACGACGCGCUUCAGGAGCUCCUGCAGCAGGGGGCGACGCGCGCGCGACAGCUGAGGGACGCGCAGCGCGAGCACGACGCACUGCAGGCAUCUCUUCUGCAGCUGGACCGGAGCUGUGAGGCUGUGUGCUCUCAGGUGAAGCUGAAGGAGAAGAUGCUCACUGCUCUCCAGUGUGACGUGGAGCAGCUCCAGCGCGGCGUCCUCCGUCUGGACGCACAGAUCCACAGCGUCCUGCUGGAGAACCUGGAGCUCAGACACUGCACCGAGGAGCAGACGGAGCGCCGCGGCUCACAGCAGACGGAGUUCGGCUCGCACCGCGGCCGCAUGAGCGACUACAGGACGGCCGUGUGUCUGCAGGACAGUCGAGCGCAGCUCCAUCAGGAGCUCCAGCAGAAGCAGCGGGAGGCGUCUGCACUGAGACACACACUGGACGAGCUGAAGACGGACCUCCAGAGACCAGACGCCAGCGCUGUCCGUCAGACGCAGAAGGAGAUCAAGCUUCUUCAGGCGAGCAUCCGUGCAGCCAGACAGACUGUGACGGAGAGAAAAGCUCAUCUGGAGAACGAACAGCAGACGCAGACGCAGCUGAGGAGAGAGAUCGAGAUUCAGGAGCGCAGAUGUGAGGCCAUCCUGAAGCGGCUGCGCAGUCAGCUGAAGAAAGCUCAGUCUGGACACCGGCAGCUGCGCAGCGACGUCACACACCUGCAGACGCAGCUGGACGAGCUCAGGGGUCAGCUGGAUGCUUCAUAACGGCCGGUGAUGGCUCAUGAGCAUCUCUGUGUAACUCAAGUUAAGUGUUCUGUGUUUGAAAAGUGUUUUAGUUUCCUGUGAACUCGUUUGUGAUCCAAGCUGCACUAGUGGAGUCCUGCACUGGUCAGUGUGUGUUUGGAUGUUUUCCGUCUGAACUGACGCGUGUUUGUGUUUGUCAGAUUCAUUCGGGUUAAAUGAGGUUCUAGUUCUAGAGCGUCUGUGUGAAAGUGUGUGUCGUUUCCACGGAAGCCAUCCGAGAGCAGCUUCAGGAUCCGCUGUUUGAGUGAUGAAGAUUCAGAAAGAAACAACAAUUCAGAGAUUCACAGACCUGACCUCAUACUGUUCACCAGAUAACAGUUCAGAUGUUACAGCAGAUCAGCAUUAAACCAGAUAUAACUCGAAGCA